GUUUUAUUAGAUCGCCUAGCAUCCUGUCUCAUGCAUGAUACUAAAAGUCCGCCACUCAGCCAAGAUGUUACCCCAACGGGUGCUUAAUCAUGGCCAUUGUGUCGCCAAACCGGGAGGCACUGUCAUACAUGCGGGGAAAUACGGCUUCUUUCACCGUGAUAGGUAGUACAUUACAAGGGACGACUAGAACAUAGCGAUUUGAGUCGGGUAUAUAAACAAAUACAUGUACCGUGUGUACAUAAUCCAAUAUCCUACGUUCUAUCACUUAUGACAUUUCGGAUAUUCCCAUAAAUCAUUAUGGGCCUAUAUAAAAAGCUGGCUGCAGAUCUUGAGGAGGUGGACGUCAUUAUUGCGGGAGGGGGAACCGCUGGGUGUAUUAUAGCCGGACGCCUGGCCGAAGCUGAUCCGGAACUGUCAAUCCUUGUGGUCGAGGGCGGGCCAGAUAACUACAAUAAUCCCAUGAUCACAACACCGGGUUUCUACUACUCACACCUCCAGCCAAACUCUGAUAACACAAUUUUCUACAAGGCGGCCAAAUCUAAGUAUACUGGUAAUGCAGAGAGGAUCGUCCCCCAGGGAGGUACACUCGGUGGGGGCUCAUCUAUCAACUUCAUGAUGUACACGCGAGCUCAACGCGAUGAUUACGACUCAUGGAAAACUCCUGGUUGGAGUGCAGACGAGUUAUGGCCAUAUCUAAAAAAGUUUGAAAACUAUCACGGUCCAGGGGACCCGGAACAUCACGGCUUUGAUGGUCCAAUCCAGGUUUCCGCUGGCCCGUUUCGUAGUAAGCGGGUAGAAGAUGAGUGGCUCCGCGCCGCUGAGAAGUUCGGGUACCCUGAGAUAACAGACCUGCAGAACUUGGAUACCAACAACGGCUUCCAGCGUUGGCUUCGUUACAUGAGCCCCGAAGGCAAACGCUCAGAUACCGCCCACGCAUAUAUACAUCCCAAGCUACGCGAUGGGAAGCACCCUAACCUGCAUGUAUUGGUAGAGUCAAAGGUAGUGCGAGUGCUGUUCGAUGAGGACAAGCGAGCUUGUGGGGUCGAGUUCACGCCCAACCCUAAAUUCCAGGUCCAGAUGAGCUUCGCGACACCUCACCCAAAGCAGACCGUCAGAGCGCGGAAGCUCGUUGUGGUAUCAUGUGGUGCUUGUGGUACGCCGUCCGUAUUACAACGAUCUGGGGUCGGUCCUAAAGAUGUACUUGAUCGUGCUGGGGUUCCCAUUGUCGAAGAGCUCCCAGGCGUCGGUAACAACUAUCAAGAUCAUAACUUGAUAGCUUACCUAUACGAAUCGUCUCUGGAUCCUAUUGAAACGGCUGAUGCUAUCAUCUCGGGCCGGCUUUCUUACGAAGAUGCCGUGGCUCAGAAUCAUCCACAUCUCAGGUGGAACUUCAUAGAUCUUUCCUCCAAACUCCGACCGACGGAGGCUGAAGUAGCGGCUAUGGGACCUGAGUUCCAAGCCAUGUGGGAAAAGGACUUCAAGGACCACCCUAAUAGACCACUCAUGCUGAUGGUCGUGAGUGCUGGCAUACUAGGUGAUACUUCUGGCGUGGAUCCUGGACAGUACAUCUCCCUCGCGCCGUAUACCGCAUACCCAUUCUCGCGCGGGCAUCUUCACAUCACGGGGCCCGACAUCGAGGACCCUCUAGACUUCGACCUCGGAUUUUUCGGCGACGCAAACGACAUAGACCUCAAGAAGCAGGUCUGGGCGUAUAAGAAGGGCCGCGAGAUUCUGCGGCGGACAGGCAUAUAUAGGGGCGAGGUGCCGGGUCGUCACCCCCGGUUCCCGGAAGGUUCCAAGGCGGGUGUUCUCAGAGAGUGGAGCGCGCCAGUUGAAGGUUGCGAGAUGCAGGACCUGGAGUACUCGGCCGAAGACGACGCGGCCAUCGAGCAGUAUCUUCGCGAGAAUAUCCAAACUACGUGGCAUUCCCUGGGCACGGCUAAGAUGGCACCGCGCGAGGAGAUGGGCGUCGUGGAUAAAGACCUCAACGUGUACGGGGUGCGGGGACUUAAGGUGGCAGACUUGAGCAUCCCGCCGGAGAACGUCGCCGCGAAUCCUAACAACACGGCGUUGAUGAUCGGCGAGAAAGCUGCCGAUAUUAUUGCGAGGGAGCUCGGACUUGUUAUUGGAUGAUAUACGAAUUAUCAGGUACUUACCAUUCAGAUGCGGAUUUUGAGAUCGAGUAUAGUACUGGAAUUAGUUAUCCAUGUUACCUAAUACCAAACAUGUUCGUAUUUAUUCCAAAACCUGUGCUCGGUUCCUAAUCAUGUCGUUGUCUAUGGGCAGUUGGGAAUACUAAGAUGAAGAUAAUUGUCUUGGCAAUAUUCUGACCGAGUAG